AUGAAAGAGACAAGUAAAAACAGAAGAACUAAAACGGGGUGAUCUGGAACAAGAAAAGAAACAGAGGAGAAAACAUGGUUGCAAUCACAGAGUUUCAGAAAAUCGGUGUAGGUCUGUCAGGAUUCGGUGUGUUCUUUGUGCUGUUUGGAGUGCUACUGUACUUUGACUCUGUCUUGUUGGCGUUUGGAAAUAUUCUGUUCCUGUCCGGCCUGGCCUUUAUCAUUGGCUUGAGGAGGAUUGCCCACUUCUUUUUUCAAAGACAGAAGCUAAGAGGAACCACCUUCUUCCUGGGGGGUGUGGUUUUAGUGCUACUAAGAUGGCCUCGUAUUGGCAUGAUAGUAGAAAGCUAUGGCUUUGUUCUUCUGUUUAAGUCAUUCUUCCCAAUGGCUUUUGGAUUUCUUGGAACGGUCUUGAACAUACCCUUUUUAACAGCGAUUUUUAACAAGUUAUCUGGAAGCAGUUCCUCAAUGGUAUAAGAGUAGCUGUCAAGAGAUACUGGAAAUCUGCAAGCUCUGAAGAUACUGUAUUUGCAUUGUUUGUAGCAUCAAUUUGAAAAAAGGAUUGUAUUUGCAACUGCAAUGCACUUUUUAAGGAAUAGUUCCCCCCGAAAGGAAACUUCUGUCAUUAUUUAUUCACCCUUAUGUGUUCCAAACCAGUAUGACUUUCUUUUUUUUUUCUUUUUCUUUUUUAAUAACACAAAAAGGGAUAUUUUAAAGGAUGUUCUGUCAGUUUAAAGGAUAAUUUUUCAUUAUUUAUAAUUGUUUUCUUGUCAAAAUACAUUUAUUUGCAUCUUAGAUGAGAACACAAUAUGUAACAAUAUAAUGCUUUAUUAACAUUUUCCAAACAAAGUCUUCCACAGUACAAAGAUAGAAAUGUACUAAAAUAUCACCAAUUCAAGUAACAUUUAACGUUUCAAAAGUCUAAAUGGGAGUUUGGCUAAUUGAAAGAACUAGUUUCCGCAUAGGUUGCAUAUUCAUUGCAAUGGUCAUUAAAUCUCUUAAACGCUCAACCUCCACAAUAAUAAUCUGCCGUUAGAUGGUAGCUAUCUGCUUCGUGCAAUCGUGAAACUGCAUUCAUGAUUUGUGUCAGAGCAUCAGUGCCAACAUCAGCGCCGCUUUGAAAUCACCAUGAAAAGUAUUUGCAAACAAAAACAUCUAAUUCUGAGUUUUGGUUAUAGUUCAGAUUUGGUGUGCUUCAGUGGCAAUUAAAAUAUGCCUUAGGCUGAACAAUACUUUAUUUCUAUCACAAGUCCCAUCUGGACUUGUUUUAUACAUCAAAUAGUGCUAAAAGCUCUUUUCUCCAACAUUUAACACUGACCGGGAACAGCUGUCAGAGAUUUUUAUUUAUUUAUUGAGAUAACAACCUCCUCAUCUCUAUCAUAGGUGAGAGCGUAAUGGUCAACAGGCUUGCGUAUUAAGACAGUACCACCAAAGACUCUCUAGCAAAUCGGUCCACUUUAGGCCAUCUUUGGAACGCUCUCACGAGGCUAUUUCCAGUCAUGCCAGUGCAUCUACUUGAAAUGAGAAAGACCAAAAUCUCUAAAAUGGUUGUUCAAAUUCAAAAUUACGAUCAAAGAACAUAUUUCAAAUCUGCAAUAAAAUCUGACAAUACUGGUAUCAUUCCUUACCACAUAUUAUGCAAAAAUCUAGGGUUGAUUGACAGGUCAUGUCUGUAUCUAAAAGGCGAUUGGCUCUUUUAAAUGUGAGGCGGGAGUUCCUUUCUACAUCUGUUGAGCGCUCAGAGCUCCUUGGUUGAGCGUUCCAAUUUCUCCCAUUCAUUACAAUAGAAGUGGCCUAUCUCUGCUAAAUAAUCUCUGGUACCCCCCAUAGAAUUUCAAUGGGACAUUCGCGUUAUGCUGUUUUAUGCAAAGCUUGUAGAAGGGCUUUGGCGCUGUUGUGUGUCGGUUUGUGACAUGUGCGUCAGUGUAAUGACUCCGGGCGGACACAUUUCAAAGGUUCCCCCCUUCAUACGCAAGUUUUUAUGCUUUAUUAAUGUAAAUGCUUAAAUCGCAAUUGAGAAAAAAUUACACGUUAAACUUUUUUAAUUAAAAAAGUAAAUUCUGACAGCUAUAAUUGAAACCAGUGAAUGGGACAUUCAUUUAAAAUAUCUUGUGUUCUGCAGAAGAAAGAUGGGUAUGGAAUGACAUGAGGGUGAGUAAAUCAUUUAGAUUUUUGGGUGAGCUAUCCCUUUAAAAAAUAUUUUUUGCAACACUUUACAAUAAGGUUCCAUUGGUUAGCAAAAUAAGUGAACAUAUUAACAAUGAACAAUACAUUUACAGCAUAUACAAAUCGUAGUUUAUGUUAAUUUCAACAAUCAUACAUUUUUAUAAAAAUCAAAUGUUGUGUAUAUUGAUAUUAGUUAAUGCACUAUGAACUAAUAUUAACUAACAAUGAACAUUCAUAUUUUUAUUAACUACAAAGAUAUAAAACAUUUUGUAAAAAAGAUAUUGUUCAUUGUUAGUUCAUGAUACCUAAUGCAUUAACUAAUGUUAACGAACGGAACCUCAUUGUACAGUGAAUUAUAAAAAAAUUGUGGUAUCUGAUGCAUAUAUGUAUAUGAUCUAUUUUAUGUUAUUUAAAAAAAAUGUCAGUAUUUAGAUAACCUUUAUGUAAAUUGGGUUGAAUAAACUUACCCUAACAUGCAUUCAAUAAUAUUUUUUACAUUUUUGUUUCAUUUAAUUAAAUGAAAAUAAAUAAAUUUCUUUAUUUGUAUUUAAAUAAAUAUGCAACAAUAUUAGGAUUCUAUGAGAAAUAGGCCUGCACUCCAUCCUUUCCUUCUUAAAAUGCACAUGAACUAAA